UAAAGAAAAGAAAAGAAAAAAAUGGGUGAAAAUUGAGAAAGAUGCAACAGAGAAAGAGUGGAAUGAUGAGAUUAGAAAAGGAAAAGCUGAAUCCAGAAAGCGAACACUCUUUUGCAAAAUCAAACUCACAUGAAAAUGCAAGAGAGAGAAUGAGCAAAAAUUAUUUUUUUUUUUAAGUGAAAAAGUUUAUUAGCAGCAGGAUUUGGAAUACAGAUAGAAACGAGAGUGUGAAACAACCAGAUAUUGGAUCCAUAAGAUGAGACUCACCCUUUUCACCUAUUACUCAAAUUUGAAGAAAUCGAAGGAUUGUUUCUGAAAAUGAAAGCUUUUUGAUCAUUUUCUCUCAAUUUCUUCAUUUCCCUUCUUUCUUUUUCUUCACAGUUUCAUCAUAUUCCACCAUUCAUGGGGGCCCGUUGCUCUAAAUUCUCGCUUUGCUGGUUCCACUCCAACCUCAAACCCUCCGUUUUGGAGUCCUCUGAUCUGGAAAAUGGGAACAAAAACGACCGGAACUUAUGGCCGAGUUUCAGCGAGUUCAGCUUCGAGCGGCUCAAAGCCGCUACCGGUGGGUUUUCGUCGGAGAACAUAGUGUCGGAGCAUGGGGAGAAAGCUCCUAAUGUGGUUUACAAAGGGAAGCUCGAUAAUGGCCGAUGGAUCGCCGUGAAGCGGUUUAACAAGCUCGCAUGGCCCGAUUCUCGCCAAUUUCUUGAUGAAGCAAGAUCGGUGGGAAAUCUGAGGAGUGAGCGAUUGGCGAAUCUGAUUGGAUGUUGCUGUGAAGGGGAAGAGAGGUUGCUUGUAGCAGAGUUUAUGCCUAAUGAGACUCUAGCCAAACAUCUCUUUCACUGGGAGUCACAUCCGAUGAAAUGGGCGAUGAGGUUGAGGGUGGCAUUGUAUUUAGCACAAGCUUUGGAAUAUUGCAGUGGCAAGGGACGAGCUUUGUACCACGAUCUAAACGCUUACCGAAUUUUGUUUGAUCAAGAUGGUAAUCCCAGGCUGUCAUGCUUUGGCCUUAUGAAGAACAGUAGGGAUGGAAAGAGUUACAGUACAAACCUGGCUUUUACUCCUCCAGAGUAUUUGAGAACAGGUAGAGUGACACCGGAAAGUGUGGUUUAUAGCUAUGGUACUCUGCUGCUAGAUCUUCUUAGUGGCAAGCAUAUCCCUCCCAGCCAUGCACUCGAUCUAAUUCGUGGGAAAAACUUCCUGAUGCUGAUGGAUUCUGCAUUGGAGGGCCAUUUUUCAAAUGAUGAUGGAACUGAGCUAGUGAGGUUAGCAUCUCGCUGUUUACAGUAUGAGGCCCGUGAGAGGCCGAAUGCGAAGUCUCUCGUGACUGCUCUCAUGCCACUUCAGAAAGAUUCAGAGGUUCCAUCGUACGUUUUGAUGGGCAUCACACUUGAGAAUGCAGCGUCAACCCAACCAUUAUCAUUAACACCCUUUGGCGAAGCGUGCUUGAGAAAGGAUCUAACUGCCAUUCAUGAAAUGCUGGACAAGAAUGGGUACAAGGAUGAUGAGGGAAUUGCCAACGAGCUUUCCUUUCAAAUGUGGACCAGUCAAAUGCAGGAGACUCUCAAUUCUAAGAAACAUGGAGAUACAGCUUUCAGAGCUAGAGACUUUGCAACUGCCAUUGAUUGCUAUACCCAAUUCAUUGAUGGCGGGACGAUGGUAUCGCCGACGGUGUACGCUCGACGCUGUUUAUCUUACCUGAUGAGUGAUAUGGGGCAAGAAGCUCUAGGAGAUGCAAUGCAGGCUCAGGCAAUAUCUCCAGAGUGGGCAACUGCUUUGUAUCUUCAAGCAACUUGCCUAUUCAGCCUUGGGAUGGAGAAUGAUGCCCAGGAAGCUCUAAAAGAGGGCACUAAAUUUGAAGCUAAAAAGAACAAAAAUUGAUCAAAGAAUUGUACAGGUGUUUCUUCUCUCCAUUGUUUUUAUGCCCUUCCUUUUAUCUAUUAUAGCUUCUUGUA